AUGGUGCAUUCUGAUAAUAAUAUCAUUAAGGACCCGAAGAGGAAUGGCGAGAAACCGGUGGAGAUGAUUCUGAAUGGUAACAGGAAAGAAUCAAAACGCUACAAUGAACAGCUGUCGUCAUUAGAAGAAAGAAAGCAAAAGAAGAAACUAAAAGUAGUCCAGGAAGACUCAGCUUAUAUGGACCAGAGUGCCAAUCAAACUAGCUCUGCCGGUUUAGACAAAGAUACCAAUGAAUUAGGACCGAAGAGUAUAUUUUAUGACCCUGACUGGAAUCCCAAAGGAGAAGCACCUGAUGGUUUCAGAAACGUACCUUAUAAUCCCAAGACAUUCAAAAGGCUGCAUAAUCAAAUAGAGGAGGAUUUAGGUUCUUUAUCAGGUAAGUUAAAGUAUCCUGAGUAA